AAGCUGCGGGGAAAGUGUUGGUCAAGCUCUCGACUGGAUUGGUUGAUUAUCGGGGAGUAGUUGAAAAAUUUUAUUAGCGUCGCAGUCAUCGUAUUUAUCAGUGUUGAAGUAUAGAAGAUGCAACUAUGGAUAAAAAUGGACAGAAAGGAAAAAGUGAUUUAUCGUGUGCAAGCUGCUACAAUGCCAUAGAAAAAGACGGAUACAUCGGCGCCCUCGGACAAGAAUGGCACACCGACUGCUUCAGGUGUUCGGUGUGCGACAGUCAUCUAUCGAGUUGGUAUUUCGAGAAAGAGGGCCUGCUGUUCUGCAAGGAUGACUACUGGGCAAAGUAUGGCGAAUGUUGCCAACAGUGUGGUCAGGUGAUUUCCGGGCCAGUUAUGGUUGCUGGCGAUCAUAAAUUUCAUCCGGAGUGUUUCUGCUGUGAAUCAUGUAAAAUUUACAUUGGCGACAGGGAAGCAUAUGCACUUCUGGAACGAUCCAAGCUCUUUUGUGGACAGUGUUACAAAAAACGGAUGAAUGACACUACAAAAGUGGAUCGUCAAAUCCCAGGCAGUGCCAUGACCCAUGACAUGGAUGGUUCUUCAAAAAAGAUCCCGCACUCUAUUCGGCUGGUGGAAAUUCCCUGGUCCAAUGUCAAGAAGGAUGGCAUUCGCCUUUCCACGGAUGAGCAUCUCUAUGGUAUUCCUUCCCAUUCUGCGGUGGGAUGCAAAGGAGUUCGAAUUUCAGAGGUGUUCUGCACUUUCUAUGGGCAGGUUGGAAAAUACAUUUUCUCAUGUGUAUCUACUGCCCUAGACGCUUGUUGCGGGGUGCUACAUUGUAGAAUUGACCUAACGUCAGAUCUGAUGUCCCUACACAUUGGGGACAAAAUUCUGGAAGUAAACGGUACACCAGUUAGAGAUGCUCCGUUGGAAAAUGUUGAAAAGUUGAUUCAAAGUUCCGGAAAAGUGCUUCAGCUAACGGUGGAACAUGAUCCGGAAGUAGUGGAUCGAUGCCGUUUGAACAAUGCUGCCGAGGAACAUCGGUACACUCCGGUGGACACAAACUGCAACAAUGCUGGUCUGACGGUCGUUGGACCCGGCGUGCUCAAGGAACGUUCUCCCUCGCCAAAUAAGUACGAUAAGGAAAGAAUGUUCAAGAAGAAAGACGAGGGCUACAUGAGUGGUACGACGCGAAAGCUGCAAAAGCGAUUGAAGGAUGUGAACUGCAAUAAUGCUUCAAAUAGCCUCAAGGAAAAGGAGAGAAGUUCCAGUAUGUCCAAGCUAUUGGACGAGUACCAACACCAUCAUCACAGUGGCGAUUUCUAUGAUUUGUCACGAACUAAGUCGUUUAGGGUUGAGCAGAAAGCUGCUCGUAUUUUUCGGGCGUCGGAUCUCGUUCAGGGUGAAUUGCUGGGCAAAGGUUUCUUCGGUCAAGUGUUCAAGGUGACUCACCGGGUGACACAAGAAGUGAUGGUAUUGAAAGAACUUUAUCGAGUAGACGAAGAAGCGCAGAAAAAUUUCCUUAAAGAAGUUGCCGUGCUGCGAUCCCUUUCGCACAACAAUGUUCUGCGAUUUAUCGGAGUACUGUACAAAGAUAAGAAGCUACAUUUGGUGACGGAAUACAUUCCGGGUGGUUCGCUGAAAGAGUUGAUUCAUGACUCUGGACUGCCACUGCCAUGGGAGCUGAGAAUCCGCUUUGCUCGUGAUAUAUCCUGCGGCAUGAGCUACCUACAUUCCAUGAACAUUAUACAUCGGGACCUGAACUCUCUCAAUUGCCUAGUACGGGAAGACAAGACAGUGAUCGUGGCUGAUUUUGGGCUAGCGCGUAUAAUCAAACAGCCAUUCAGUACCGCGUUUGAAAAAUGUUCUCAAUCAAAUGGCACGGGAACCGUUGGUCGUCGGGGUCGACCUCGUAGACAGCGAUACACUGUGGUAGGGAAUCCAUACUGGAUGGCACCGGAAAUGAUGCGUGGCAACAAGUACGACGAGAAAGUUGACAUAUUUUCCUUCGGCAUCAUGCUGUGUGAGAUCAUUGGGCGAGUGCAAGCGGAUCCUGACUACUUACCGAGGACCUCGGAUUUCGGACUGAAUCAGGCAGUUUUCAAAGAAAAGUUUUGCGAACAAUGUCCUGAACCGUUCUAUAAAAUUGCCUUUCUGUGUUGUGAUUUGAAUCCGGACAAACGGCCUCCAUUCAAUAUUCUGGAAGUGUGGUUUGAAAGCAUGGCUCACAACGCCACGCUGGGUAAACCCCUUCCCUUAACCAUUGCCGCCGAAAUCAAGCACUUCAAAGGACAGAGGAGCAACGACUCUAGCAAGUGUACAACUCCGGAUGGGCUGGCCACGCCUCCUGCUUCAGGCGUCAAACCGUCGCUGAGUCGCAAAAGGAUCAAUGAAGGUAUGAUGGUAGAAGAGAAAGAAAAUUGUGAAAAGACAGUAAAACCCGCCAAUAAUGAUGGCGGUGUUGACAUGGUAGACUGUGCAAAAUCUCCCAAGGGAGCAAUGGCAACGAAAGACAGUGUGGAAAACAAUAACAUUACCAGUAGUGAUAGCACUAGCAGUAGCGUAAAUGUAAGUGGAUUCAUUUUGGGGGUCACGGAGAUACCCAGGUCGCCUCAUUUGAGCAAAGAUUUCUCACCUAAUGGUGAUCGUAUUCGAGAUAGCAUAAGGGCAAGACGUAGGCAGCGAAUGAUACUUAACAGGGAGAACCAGCGGAAGUCGUUAGAUUCUAGUAAUUUAGGUUUGAAACUGAAUGGCGUAGAUCUAGUAAUUAAUGCUGAUUCAAGCAUUUCGGAGCCAACUAGUUUGAUACAGAUUGAUCCAAACGCUUUGAAGCAACCAUCUUCGACAGAGGAUGUGCUCAAUUUGGUGAAAGAUUCAUUGACAAACAAUCCUCAACUGACGAGAAGGUACGAUGAGUCACCAAGGGCCAAACGUUACGGGGAGAAGGGUUUCAUAAUUCAGAUGAAUAAUGGCAAUUUGACACUGAAUAACGUAAAAGACUUAGAGGGUUGCUCAGAUUUUGACUCAAGUUGUGAUACAAGCUUAAACUAUAUUGAUGUAAAUGGUAGUUGCACAAACGGUAGUCUGUUAUCUGCCGUUGAAAAUGAGAUUGCUGGUAUGACACAAGAGUCAAAGGAUACUUGGUCAGCAUCUGAUGCGGUAAAUGAAAAUUCUUCAGUCAAACAAGAAGCUACUAAAGUUUUGCCUAGAACUGCUUUGGAUGAUCUUAGAACACAGUUGAGUAUGUGUAGGAAAGAAAGUUUAGAAACACAGUCUGAAAAGGAAAACGUUAAGGUAGAAGUAGUUGCUGAAACGAAGGAUGCAAAAAACAAUAGGAUGUUUAGUAAGAUAAACCCGCUUGCAACUAUUUUAGGUGGUAGAAACAGCUCACUGGAAAAAGAGAGAUCUAAAAGUCCACUGAAAACAAACAAAUAUACAUCAAAACUAUUUCGGGUUAGUGAUACGCCAAUAUUUGAGCGCCGUAAUAUUAGUUCCCCAGUUCCUCCGCCGAUGAAACGUAGCGACUCAGGUGAUCAAAUAAAGCCACCCAAAACGGCUAGUCAAGAAAAGCCUAUGUUUGCUUCUAAGCAGAAAGUUUCGCCAACUUCUGAUCUGAAACCACAGUCUAGCUUUGUUGAAAGUGCUCCAGCCUCGACUAGUAACAGCUAUGCCAUUAGUAAGCUCAAAACAUCUAGGAAUAUCUUUGCAGAUAAAAAUCUUCCUCAAGUGUUUGUCUAUAAAACCAAAAAAACACCAACUCUAACGGCACACGUGCCAACCUCGGAUGCCAUAUGUACAAGUAGCUCUAGUACCAUUAAUAGCAGUAAGUCCAAAUCGUUAUCAGUGACCAUAGAAAAGCCGCCCACAAAUAGGAAGCCACCGAUUGCUGGUGGCGCCACUAGCAGUAGUAGUAAUAUGCUUAGUUUAAAUAAGAAUCGCAGUUUUCGACCGAUGGAAAGUAGCUCGCCGAGAUAUUCGAGGCAUCAGCAACCGGUCGAAAAAUACGUGGCCUUAUCGUCGUCUCUUAGUGGUAGUGGUAGCAAUUCGCGAACCGAGUCUCCAUCGCCAACCAGUGGCGUAAGUGGCACUCAAAAUCGAUCGAAAAUGUCAAACAAUCGCACGGGAAUACUUUCACCGGAGAGCAUCCGAAAGUUAAACGCCAGGUUACUAGAAAAUCGUAAAUUGUCCAACGAAGGUGAGACUGGUGCUAGCAACUUUUCGACAAGAGUCAGAUCUUCUGGCAGUAGCGAAAAAUCCAUGGGAGUACACAAGGGGGGGAACACUCAGCAGGAGAAAAAAACGCGUUCAAUAGUCAAAUCCAAACGAGGUGAAAUUAAGGCUGCAGCAAUUUAAGCAUUUGUUCGGAUGAAUGAUUUGUUGUGUUGAAUUCAUGCAAGUGGGUGCUUUUUGUUUUGACAAAAUUUAACACUUAAACCGCAAUCCUUAACAUAUUUCUUGAAGUGAGUUGCGGUGGACUAUAUGGAAAGGGACAAGUAGUUAUCCCAAGCAUGGAUGUUUAAAACGGAUUUUUUAAAUAUUUUUUUCUAUUUUAUAACAUUACCCUGAAAACCGUUCCCCAGAAUCUCAUUUCCCAAAACACACAAUGCGUUGAAUGUAUGGAGAUACGGGACAAAAAUCAAAACUGGAAGAUAAAACCAUUCUGAUUUGUUCUGUCUUCCUGAGUGACUUGCUAAGGAUUCACCCUUAUUUUGGUGAUCAAUAUUUACUUCAAUUUAACAAGUCCAAGGCGAACGAUAGUGAUAUCUAUCAAAGAACCGACUCAGUUUAUUGCUAACUAAUAAUCCUAUAUUUCAUCUUCAAUCAUACCUGAGUGGUGUGUUACAUUUUCUGUUGCGUAUGCACUCGGUAGUUUAUCGCUCUUCAACAGCGAGCUGUGUGGCAUUCUCUUGAUUAACGUCCGAUCGUGAUUGCAGUUCUGUCUAGAAUGAAUUAUAUUGCUCCACCAAAAUCUCAACCUACCUAUUCGUUCUUAAUAUUUACCUACAAUAUGCAAACAGGAAAAUGGUCAGCAUGCCCCAUGCGUUUUUGUGCUGCGUCGGCAGUCAGCAAUAAACGCAUGAGCCUUUGCGCGUGCCAUAAAUUCUUUUGUUCUCAUGACUUUUACUGUGCGCCGUGUGUUGGUGCUGUCUCGCUCUCUCUUAUGGGCAACUUCAAAACAGGGCGUACAGUAAAAGUCAAACGUUUUAUAGCAUGCAUAGGCUCAUAAUGCGGUCAGGCUAAUAUAUAAAACAAUUGUUACGGUUAGUACUAUGAUGACAGGAAGAGUCUUGCAAUUUGUUAUAAUUCCACUACAGUACUCUUUAGAUAUUUUCGGUUUGGACACUUUUUUAGAUUUUUCAAAAUAUUGGAAAGUUUUUUAAUUAAUGGAUCGAUAUCUUCAUCCGUUGAAUUUUAAAACACGAAAAACCAUUACACACUUUGUUCAAAGAUUACCGGUUUUACACAUUUGAAAUUUAACACCUUUAACACUACGUCAAACGCAUUUUACAAAUUUACAACAUAUCACUUAACACUACCUAUUUAUACUAACCUUUGAUUAUAAUUAUCCACUCCAUUACUUUGUAUGUGUAGUUUGAUGCGCUCAAUCCUGGAUCAGCAACAGUAGCGAGUUUACAGUUAAUCGCUCUACCACUCAACGGCUCUACCGUGGGUUGUGCGGGGGACUCUGCUUUGUUGAUGUCUUUGGUUCGCACUGAUGUGACGCUAUCCACAAGCGCAGUGUGGUUGAUUUUGACGAUAUUGUUAACUUUCGCGCACUUCGCGAUGACUUUACGAUUUUCACACUCUACCAC